AUGGAAAGCCCGAAGAAGAGGCGCAAGAACAACGAUUCCAAGCCAGUGGCAGUUUCUUCCAGAAGUCUUCAUUCCUUCUUCGGCAAACAAAAUUCUACACCCGAUGCGAAACAGAACGGGAAUAGCAAGUUUGUUGACAAGCUUCGAAGUCCAGGAGACAAUGUGAUCUCGGAUGAGGAAUUAGCCAGGCAGUUGCAGGAGCAAUGGCAAGAAGAGGACAGAAGAGCAGAAGCACGAACUAAUGAAGCCAUCCAAGAGGUUUCAGCCCAGCAGGUCACCGCUCACCAAAGCACGACUACAUCUGCCGAGAAUGCGCACAACACAGGGACAGACGAAGCGACUUUCGCAGUUUCUGCACCCGAACCAGCACCACAACCGCUCCAGGAACAUGGAAAGAACGCUGCAGGAAACAAGAGCGUUCUGAGCCUGCAAUCGACAGGCGCAGCUGAAGAUACAGUUACCCAGAACAUUCCCUUCGACCAAAGUCCCUUCACCUUUCGACCCUCAGACUACCUGCCAGAUUUGAAGAGACAUUGGGCUGCAGAUGGGGGUGAUGCUUCAUACGCUCUUCUGACCAGGUGUUUCAUCUUGAUCAAUGCCACCACUAGCCGCAUCAAGACCGUCGACACUCUGGUCAAUUGUCUGAGAUUGCUGAUUGAGGGUGACCCUGAAAGUCUUCUUCCGGCAGUUUGGCUAGCCACAAAUUCAAUAUCACCACCCUACAUUUCUCUCGAGCUGGGCCUAGGUGGAUCAGCUAUCUCAAAAGCACUGAAGAAGGUGUGUGCGCUUGACAAUGCUGGUCUUAAGAGUUUGUACGAUAAAUAUGGUGAUGCUGGUGAUGUCGCUUUUGAGGCCAAGAAGCGCCAGAGCUUUACCCUGCGGAAGCCCAAACCACUUUCCAUCAAAAUCGUAUAUCAGUUGCUGGUCAAAAUCGCCACUAGCAAGGGUCAAGGCAGUGUUGAGCAGAAACAGCGCUUUGUCGAAAGGCUAGUUCAAGAUGCUCGCGGAGCUGAAGAGAGCAGGUAUAUUGUGCGUACCUUAGUCCAGCACCUCCGGAUCGGCGCAGUGAAGACCACAAUGCUGAUUGCUCUUGCCAGAGCCUUCACCCUGGCUCGACCUUCUGGUGCCCACUUUCCAAUACGUGACACUGCUGAACUCGGCAAAUUGAAAAAGGAGGACCUUGCACCGAUCUGGGCCAAAGUGGAAGAAACUGUCAAGACAUGCUUUGCGAGAAGACCCAACUACAAUGAUCUGGUCGCAGCACUCCUUGAGAUUGGUGUCUGUGAAGAACUUCUAAUCCGCUGCAAUUUGACUAUGCACGUGCCCCUACGCCCUAUGUUGGGUAGUAUUACCAGAGAUCUAUCCGAAAUGCUGACCAAGUUACAAGGUCGCGACUUUAGUUGCGAAUACAAGUACGAUGGACAACGAGCUCAAGUACAUUGCGACGAGAACGGAAAAGUCUCUAUAUUCUCCCGACACCUAGAGGCCAUGACCGACAAGUAUCCAGACUUGGUCGCUCUUGUGCCUGAGGUACGUGGAGAGGGUGUCUCGAGCUUCAUCCUUGAAGGCGAAGUGGUAGCCGUCGAUCAGCAAACAGGAGACCUGAAGACUUUUCAAACUUUGACCAAUCGGGCAAGGAAGGACGUCGAAAUUGGAACUAUUCAAGUCAAUGUCUGCCUCUUUGCUUUCGAUCUUAUGUACCUGAAUGGAGAGCCGCUCCUCAACCGUCCUUUUCGAGAAAGAAGAGGCUUGCUUCGCAAUAUGUUUAUCGAGAAGCAGUAUAGAUUUACCUGGGUCAAGAGCAUAGAUGCCACAUCUCAAGAUUCGGAAACAGUACAAGAAUUCCUCAAAUCAGCCAUAGACAUCAAAUGUGAAGGUAUUAUGGUCAAAGUUCUCGACAACCUACCCAAUCCAGAUUUGAUCACGGAAGAUAUGGAGAAUUACGACGCACUGAAACAAGAGCUCAAACCGCCACCUACGCCUUCCAGGGGUACGCCAUCCAAGAAAGGCAGAAAGAAGACACAAGACGAGAAAGAGGAGGAGAAGAAGUCUGGUGCGCGUCGCAAAGCCCUUCUGUCAACCUAUGAGCCUGAUAAGAGGCUUGAUUCCUGGCUCAAGGUCAAGAAAGACUACGACUCAACUGUCUUCGACACCAUUGACCUUAUUCCUGUUGCGGCUUGGCAUGGUCAAGGUCGAAAAGCAAAUUGGUGGUCUCCUAUCCUGCUCGCCUGUCGUAAUCCUGAGACGGGCUCACUGGAAGUCGUCACAAAGUGCAUCAGUGGUUUCAGCGACAAGUUCUACAAGGAAAACAAGGAGAAAUAUUCCGAGGACGGUGAGAACACUACGAAAACCAAACCUAGCUACAUCGAGUACAGUGGUGGUCACCCUGCUGUAUGGUUCGAGCCGCAAGAGGUCUGGGAGAUGGCAUUUGCUGAUAUUACGUUGAGUCCGGUCUACACGGCCGCUAUCGGCCUUGUCAGUGAGGAUAGAGGGCUGAGUAUGAGAUUUCCCCGCUUCUUGAAGGUCAGAGAAGACAAGAGUAUUGAUGAGGCUAGCACGAAUGAUUUCUUGGCAGGACUAUAUCGCAAGCAAGAAGAGAAAUUAAAGAUUGAAGGAAAACCUUCUGCAAAUGACGUUGAUGGUGAAGAAGAUGUAUGA